CAUGAGCGUUACUGGUCUGUUUUUUUAAAAUCCUGCCUCUCUUUGUUUUUUCGUAGUGGCGUCAGCGUCGCAGCUUUGCCGGUGAUUCUGCCGCUGCACGAAAGGACCAAGAACCACCCCUGGACCUCAGACCGACCUACAUCUGCCAACAAAUAAAAAACAAAAACAAAAAAAAAACAGACCGACCUGCAUCUGCCUCAAAAAAACCCGAAACGUAGACCAGCGGGGCCCACGCACACCCACCAGCCCAGGCCAAUGCCACCAUGUACAGCGUGGAGGACCUCCUCAUCUCCCAUGGAUACAAGCUGCCCAAACAUGGCCCCGCCCCCUCCACACCCACCCCGGCCCUCCCCCCUCCCACCAGGCCCCCCCCUGCCACCCCGUCCUACAGCAAACACCACGAAAUCCUAGAGAACCGACCCGGCCUCCAGACGGAGAACGGCUACGAGCGAGGGUCCGCCUAUGGGAACGGAGGGGGCGGAGCCCGGCUGCCCCUGGUCUACACCAUUGGCUGCCCCAACAACAACAAUGAAUCCAGAGACAGGAGCCACCCCAGGAGGGAGGGGGAGGGGCGGAGAGACGACACCCACUUUGGGGAGUCCCUGAACUCCGACGCGGGGUUCUGCGACGGCAGCAGAGGUUCCCAGCCCCAGUCCAGGGACGUGUCCUACUGGAGGAGGAGGGGCCAGGACUUCACCGUGUUACUGGACUACGCCGAGUACAAAGACUCGAACGGAGGAGGGCAGGGGGGUUAUGGGAGACCGGAGGGGCCUCAACAAGCAAGAGGCCAAGAGCUGUGUGCGGACGAGCAUCAGAGGGUGGCUCAGGAGAGGCACCGCUGGGCCGCCCAGGUCCAGGCCCAGGUCCAAGCCCAGGCCCAGGCCCAGGUCCAAGCCCAGAUCCAGGCCCGCUCCAGAGAGAGAGAAGCAGCUCUUCAUCAGUGGAGGAUAGCCAACGAGAGGAAGUGCCAGAGCCUGGGGACAGACGAGUGGCGUCCGGCCGUCAGCUUUGGCCGCCAGCUGUCGCAGAGCGAGGGUGAGCGUUGGACGCAGGAGCAGCAGCGGAUCCACGCCAGGACACCGGAGGGCAUGGUAGUCCACCCGCGGACCAAAGCCAAAUCCCAGUCCCUGCCCAGGAUGCUACAACCUGAGAGUCUCCAGUACGUGGACAUAGCCUCCUCUGGUCAGGAACUCUACAGGCGGGUCAACGGCCAACCACUGUCACACCAUGACCUUUUCAGGGCGCCCCGCUGGCCGGAGAACGGCAGGCCGGCUAGUGCUACCCAACUCUCAAUGACACCAAAGCCCCGCUUCACCCGACCUCCCAGACCUCCGUCCUAUGAGAUGCACCAGCAGAUCAGGGGAAGCUGUGAGGUGUUGUCUGGGAGAGAUUCAGUCAUCUCCCAUGGAAGGGACCGGACACCGCUGCCCCUGUUAAGGACAAGUGAAUCCCAACUGGACUAUUUUGGACAGGACUCCGGACCCCCGGGAUACAUCCCUCCCCCAUCAUAUAAAAGGGCCCCUAUAAGGGGGGGGCGCAGAGGAUAUGGUGAAAUUCAUGUUGACUACAGGUACAGAGGGGAUGUGUACCAUCAGAUACAAGUGACUCCAGAUGGAUCUCACUGGUUUACCCGGCAUCCGGCAGGUUCUUGGCCUGAUCCCCAGAGGGAGAGGAAGAUGUCCAGUCAGAAGCAGCUUUACCCCGUCUAUACCACCCAGGAGCGCCCUGGUGGAGGGGUCCAGUAUAUCCCCUUUGACGAUCCCCGCAUCCGCCAUAUUUCCUCAGCGCUGGGUGGUAACUCCUUGACGGACGCUGACAAGAUCCGCCACAUUUGCAAUGAGCUUCCCAGUGUUACCGUGUCGGAACCUGCCUCCGACGACAGUGCCUUUCUGCCCCCGCCAUUGGGGCCUUUCAUCGCUGCUAAACUAGGCGAUGAUGCUAUCCCGACGUCUUCUAGCGACUUCGACAAUGACAAUAACAGGUGGCACAGCAAUUUGCACAAAGAUUCUGUCGAUAACUUCCCAGCAACUGACCAAAACUGCAACAACAGAUAUCCCAAAAACCAACGUCCUCCUCCAUCACCCUCUUCGGCCUUCCAGGGCCCAUUCUCAAAAACAACGCUUCGCCAGAGACCCAGUUCAGAACUGGUCUUUUCAGAGACCAUCACUCAAGUGAAGAAGAUUGUCCCGGAUUCAGGGCCAGAGAACAACAGGAACACUCGGAGAAGAGUGAGCGAGACCAUCUUCUGCCUGGUGUCUGUCCCUGUCCACACGCCCACUAACAUUAACAAAGACUCUGCAGCCGACCAGAACAACAAUGAGACCAUACCCAGCCUGACUGUCUCAGACACUUUUGCCGUAGGCCUGAAAGAGAGCCACAAUAUCAGAAGCAGGUCAGUGAAUGAGAUGCCCAUCAAAUCCCACUACUCCCACUUUCACACCAGCAGCACAUCCUCAAUGAGGAACUACAAGAGGGCUCCUCUACGGAAGGAGAUAAUUGAUGCCUGGGCACUUCAAGCUAAUGAGGACAAAGAGUUGUGUUACGCAGGGUCAUGGCCGGGAAACCAGUACCGUAACCAGGAAACCCAGACCGGUUCCCCUUUGACAGUAGUGAAAAGUCCAGAACCUCAGAGCCCUCCUGACAGACAAACGGCAGCUCCGUCUGUUUCAGACACGACCACAGACGGCGGAAUGGCCACAGAUAGUAGCUCUUCUUUCGGUUUCCAAAUGGCAGGCCAGAAAAAUCUCCAUCUUUCCAGCAACAGCGCCUUCUCCCGCCUCAGUCCAACGCAGGCCCCAUCAGUGGAAGUCUCACAGCAAGACCCAUCAAUGGACCAGGAUCAGGGAGACCACGAGCUAUCCUGUCCCAGAAAGAAAAACUAGCCCCCAGACUGUACAGAUCCAGUGGUGUUUGGUCAGUUUCUCUUAAAACCAGUGAACCGACGACCCUGUGACGCCAUUGGUGAACUGGAGAGCAUUAAUAAAGAGAUGGAAGACACCAUUAGUAAGAGGCCCAAUGUAACUCACUGCCUUGAGAAUCUAGCUGAGGUGAAUAAGAAAAUAGGUCACUUUAAAGCAGGAGCACAUUUCACUGCUGGUCCAGAACCAGGCAGGGAAGCAUUCAGUCUUCCACCAAUGCACAUCAGUAAACCCAACACUCUGAAAGCCAGGUCCAAAUCCUUCACCUCCACUUCUGACCUCGCCUCUGUGGAAGUCAGGAGCACUUUCUCCAAGCCACAAGGCAACGACUUUUCAGCACACGAACAGUCGAUACUCAGCAUCUCCCCUCUGCCUCAGCACAGUGAGUUAAGACACCUGUACAGACAGGACAUCCCAGUCCCUCAGGAGUCUUUACUGAGGGACGUGGGACUGACUGUGUACACAGAGACCCCAGGUGGUCCUGGGGAACCAGUACAACGCUCACUUUCAGUACCAUCUCCACUUGAUCCUAAGGAACAGAGUGAAUAUGUGCAGCUCUCUCAGGAGAGUGGGGCAGCAUUAGUUAAAAAUAGAUGUAGCCCUGAGCACAAUUUAAAUGAAGAGCUUCAAACUGAGGCACAGGCUCUCAGUGAAGUUAAUCCUGACAGCGCUGAGGUGAGUCUUAGCAUCUGUCGGACCAAAAGUGAAAGCAGCAGGUCACCCAAGAAAGAAGCCUCAACACAUGUCAUUAGACUGAGCAGGGAGGCGUCCUUUUUUCAGGACGAUGAUGAUGAUGAUGAUGGCAAUGAGAGAUAUACCAUCUCUGAGCCUCUGACCUAUAAGAAUGAGUCAACCAUGGCAGAUAAGCACCUGGAGAACCUGCUGAUUCAGGAGAAAGCCAACGCUUUACCGGCAGAGGACCUCAGCAAUCUGUAUGAAGUGAAAUGCGCUAAAGGAAUCCCUGAAAAUGAGUCCAUUGAGCAGCGGGCAGCUCGAAUACUGGGGAUCGCAGUUCCAGUGGAGGCCUUGGGUGUGGCUGACAAACAGCUGGAGGAGGAGCAGGACCAUACACCCACCACGUUGGGUGAGAAACGGCAAGGAGGUGAGGAGGUGGAGCAGGUGAUAGGAGGGCAUGAGCAAGUAGAAGAGGAGUCUGUGAUAGUCCAGGAGGUCCAAGAGGUCCAAGAGGCACAACCAAGUCCAGACCCUGAAAAGCACAGAGAUGAGCCCCACAGCCAGGACAACGACCUUCAACCAGCUGUGGUACUGGACUUGCCGGAGUUCCCACCCAGUAAACUGCCCUUAUCGCUGCCUGUCACCCCAGAUGAGAAACUAGCACUGAGCAUGUUCAGUGGCGAGAAGAAGGGCUGUGGCGGAGCGCGCAAACUGAUCGAAUCCCUGCAAGAUAAGCUGAGCUCGUCCACCUCGUGUAAGUCCACCUUGGGCACGGACAGGAUGGCCCGUCUGAAAGAGCUGGACUCGGUGUCUCGAAUAAGACUCAGCCUCAAAGGUUCGGACAGCGGAGAAGAGUUUAAGGGUGACGACAAAGAAGAAGACGGAGAGGUCAGCGAGGUUCAGGAAGAGGCAGAUAAAGAUGAAGAAGAGGUGGAGAACAUGAAAAGGACGGGAAACCGAGUGGAACAAGAGGAUGCAAAACACAAGAGCACGGAAGAAGCUGCACAGCGACAGGACGAUGGUUCUGUAAACGACGAUAACGUACAGGUACGUGAGGAAGAGGAACGGCAAGAAUGGGAAGAGAUGAAUGUUGAGAUUGCACUUAAAGCAGACAAUGAAGGACGUAAAGAAGCGGCCGAUUCAAAAGCAGAGGAGCUACAAGUCCAGACGGAGCUCAAAAUUGUGGAGGAUGAGAAUGAAGAGCGUCUUGAGAAGGCUAGCGGAGGCCAGAGUCAAGCUGAGGCGCCAAAAGAGCCUGUAGCGGCGCAGUUUCCCAAACCAAAGCGGCGGACCCGGCUCCAGAAGCCGCCACUGCUGCUCAAGCCUCGCAGCGUUCCCAAGAGAGAGAUCAGCCUGCCCCUCAGCUUCAGCACCGGCACCUGUGGCAAACCCGCCAACAUGGAGGACGACGACGCCUUCGCCAUCUCAGACUCCUACGACCCCAGUCGAGUGGAGAGAGUGUAACCUUCGACUCCGCCUUCACCGCUUUGGAAAUCACUUUUUUCUCCAGUUAACAGCUUUUUCCAGCAACAAAGGCUUUGUUUGGUGUGAGGCGGCGGGUUGGUCAGCCGUGACCUCCUGUUCUGACUGUCCUGGUGCUGCCAAAGCAUUUUUACAGCCACAUCUCAGCACGGCCGGUGCCGGUUCUGGUUCUCUAAGCCUUUUCAACCUCUUCAUCCUCCCAUUCCGUCAACAACUGAAAGGUUUAUUUGCUGAAGCGAGCGGACUUCGCAGUUUGAAGUUGUUUGGAAAAUGCAUGUCAUUCUCCCCAUGUUGCACUUUGGCUCGGCGCUGAGCUUCUGUGUUGAAAUAUGAAUGUAAAAGUGCUUCUGCUCUUCAUACAAAAGAAAUGUAACAAAAAAGAAGGCAAACAGUAUUGCAUUACAAUCAGUAUUAACCUACACCAAAUGUAAAUAAGAAAGAUAUAUCAGAUUUUAUUAAGAAUAUAGAAAAAAAUCAAUUCAAGACAUUUAAGUGCUGAAGAAAUGUAUAUUUUCUUAUCUAUGUUGAGAAAUGAUUAGAUUUUUGGAAGUGUAGUCUUUGGGUGUAUUCCUAAUAUGACCCCCCCCUCUUUAUUCUUCUUGUGUGAUCGAGAAUGUACUCAGUGAGCCUGGAAUGCAACGAGAAACACUGUGGUCCUCCAAGAGUUUCACUCAAAAGCAAUAUAGUCAUUAAAUACAGGGUGUGUACGAAGUGACUGGAGAAACGAGUCUGUGUUUGAAGGAGUUCCAUCUGAUUUACAGCCUCGUUGGAGUAAGUGUUGGAUUUACACCGCUGAGAUGCCAGCAGCGAGCACAGGAUCCUCUCCUGAAGUACAGUAGAACCUGGCAGAACGAGUGUACCGUAAGACAAGUGCACCGUAAGACGAGUGUAGAAUGAGUGUACCAUAAGACGGGUGUACCAAAGUACGAGUGCACCGGAAGAUGAGUGUGCUGUAGGACAAGUGUACCGAAGUACGAAUGUAGAACGAGUGUACCGUAGAACAAGUGUACCGUAGAACGAGUGUACCGUAGAACGAGUGUACCGUAGAACGACUGUACCGUAGAACGACUGUACCGUAGAACGAGUGUACCAUAGAACGAGUGUACUUUGUUCCCUGGUACCUAUGUUGAUGAUUUGGUUGAUUUGGCUGGUUCUUGGCUGGUUUUUGGCUGGUUCUUGGUGG